AUGGUGUUCCACCAAAAGUGGCGCUGUCAGCACAGCAGUGUUAACAAGACAGCUGGUCACCAUGCCACCAACUGCCCAGCUUUCGUGGACAUCAAAAUAAAAAAAAUUAACAAGAACACCAAGAAGAAUGAUGCCUUCCUAAAGAAGGCAGUCCCGCUGGCAGCGGUGAUCAAGCUUAGGGAGGAUCACAACCACAACCUUCACUGUGCCGACGGACUGCGGCUACUGAAGAGCACGGCGGACACCCGAGCACUCUUUUACGAGUACUUCAAGGACGGGCUCACCCCGGCAGAGGCGAUGUGCCUGCACCAAGAAAAGCUGGCAGCUACUACUGCAACCAUGGAGCACCUGGCCAGCGGUGCUGAGAACCCCAGUGCACGCACAGUGUACCAUUGGUACUCAACUUGGCGGGUCGAGCACUAUGGUGAACCUGUGGACCCCAUCAAAAAACUCGGUGAAAAGGCGGCGAUGUAUCUACAGCACGGUGUCGACGUCAGGACCACGCAGUCGGAAGACGGGUCUUGCUGGGCUGUCUUGGUCGUCACCAAGAUCAUGCUCCGCACUCAGCAGCUCGCUGCGGCCAGCGAGAUCGUCUUCCUCGACUCCACCUCGUCGACUGACGGCACUCAGAGUACCACCACCGUGCUCCUAGCUGCCACCAAGGCUGGUGCCAUCCCCCUUGCAGUGCUACUGCACAGCUGCCAGACAACCGAGAGCUACACUCGUGCCUUCCAGCUCCUGAAGGAUGCCUAUCCGGUCUGCUUUGGAGGAGCGCAUGCUCCUCAGGCGUUUAUGACAGACAACGCCUCCGCCGAGAAGGCGGCCCUGCGAACGACCUGGCCCGAGGCCAUCCAGCUCCUGUGCCACUUCCAUGUGGCCCAGGCAGAGUGGCGUUGGCUGUUUGCUGCCGUUAACCAGGUUGGUCGGGACGAGAGGAGGGACCUCAUGUCUGCAUUUCAAAAGAUCAUGUAUGCAGCAACCGUGGACGAGAUGGAAGCCGCCGUUAAGGGGCUCCAGGGAAGAUCCCACCAGGGCUACAUCAAGCGUGUGAUGGCAUUCUUGGAGCGGAAAUCCGAGUGGGUGCUUCUCUUCCGUUCUGGCCUCACCACGAGGGGCCACAACACUAACAACUUUGCGGAAGCAUCCAUUCGGAUUCUCAAGGACAUCGUGCUCCACAGACGCAAGGCCUACAACGUGGUCGCCCUGGUGGACUUCAUCGCCUCGGUGUGGGAGGACUACUUCAAGAGAAGACUCCUCUCGCAUGCGCACAAUCGCAGGCCAGCCCACCAGUUGCAGUAUGACCACCUGCUGAGACGGAUGCCUGCCUCUACUGCUGAUUCUAUCAUCCGACUAGACAGCAGCAUGUACCAAGUCCCCAGUGGGCAAGAGGACGGCAAGGUGUACGACGUCUGCUGCGACAUCGGAACCUGUACUUGUGCAGCUGGACAGCAGGGUGCCUUCUGUAAACAUCAGGCCCUGGUUCACCACCACUACGGGGGCCCAUUUCCCAACGCUCCAGUGCUCGCACCCCACGACCGGCACCAGCUGGGACUUCUCGCUUUGGGAGAAAAAUGCCCGGCGGAGUCCUUCUUUGAAGACUUUCAGGGGCCAUCCACCAGCGCCGCCAUGGAACCCUUUACAAGUGCCGCCAUGAACCCAUCCACCAGUGCUGCCAUUGACGGGGUUGCACAACCAUCGGAGCGAAACGGCAGCCCUCCUCUGGACUCCGAGCCCCAGGCUGCAAACGACGACUCGCUUCGCAACUGUCAGCAACAUCAGGAAGUAGACGAGCUCCUACACCAGAUCCAGCAGGAGCAGUGGCGACAGCAUGCUACUCUUGUUGAAAAUCCUGCGUACGCACAGCAGCUGCGGCAGAUCCUCACGGGGAUGAGGAAGGUACAGCGAGAGCCCGAGAUGAUGGCCUGCAUCAUAGCCACAAAAGCGGUGUACGCUGGGAGAAAGAGGCAAGGAGGCACCAUCAAGGUGCAACCGACGGCCAUCGCCAGGCGCCGCCCAGGCAUCACCCGAGGCAACAAGCGAGUGCCUGCUGGCCGCCCUUCGAAGGGGCUCCCUGCCAAGAGGGCCAAGAAGGAGCAUAGCUUCAGCACCAACAUGAAGAAGGACUUGCCCAAUGCCAAGUCACACGGCAUAGGUCACUAA